AUGGCAUCCAGUUUACAAUAAGGAUAUUAAAAUUUAUAAUGUGAAAUUAAAGGUCAUGAAUAGCAAAAAAUAGUUUACAUAUGCGCAAAUUAAGAUUGUAAAAGAUAAGAAAGACUGCUUUGCACUAAAUGUGCAAUUUAGCAUGGAGAUUCACAAUAUUUUAUAUUAGUAGAUGAAAUAGUUAAAAAGGAUGAAUUCAAAACUGAAAACUGGCCUAUUGAUUUUGAAGGUUAGUAGAUCAAAACAUUUUUGAGCUAACACAAUCCAGAUUCAUUCGAAGAAGUAAUUGAGCAACUAUUUACAGAAUUAGAAGAAAAAAUAGCUGAAAGAAUAGAUUCUAUAAAAUAAGAUAUGAAAUUAUCUUUCAAAAAGUAAACUAAUUUAAUGACAGAUUAGAUAGUCAAGUUGCAUAUGAUAUACAGCAAAGCAUACUCUUUAGAUAAUUUAAAGGAGUCAAUAUUUUAAUACAUAGAAGAAACAAUUGAUAAAUUUUAAGUAGAAAAUAAAAUUAACGAAUUUCUUCAUUCAUUUUAAAGAUAAACUGAUAAAGUUGAAGCCAAAAGGUACUUAGAUUAGCUUCUACCUAAAUGCUCUUUCUACAUUGAUCCUUAAAGAUUUAGAGAUAUAUCAUACAGCGAAAUUAUUUCUAACAUUGAUAAGUUAUAAUAAUCUUUUAAAGACUCUUUCAAUCCUUUGACAUGGAAGUUUGUUAAUUCUAAUCUUUACCAAAGCAAAGCCUUAUUGGAAAUUAAUGAAGGUAUAACUUUCUAAAGUCGUUCAGAGUAUGGUGAAGAAGUCAUUCUUUCUGAUAGAUCUUUCUAAUAUGGAACUGCUUAUAUGAGGCUUAGAUUUGAUAAAGUAUCAGAAAACUAUCCAUGCCAUACUUUAAUUGGUUUAUACUCAACUAGGAAUAAUAAGGAAGAGUAUUCUCCUUUGUUAUGUUUAGCAUGUUCAAAUUAUUCUGAAGGUAUGAUAUGCUAAAAUGGAUAAAAAUUCAAUCUUUAAAAAGGGUCUGUAAUAGAAGUAAUAGCUAAUUUUGAUAAAAAUACAGUUGUGAUGAGAGAAAUAUUAAAUGAUGGUUAUGGAGCUAUAUGGGUCUCAUCUUAAUUAUCUGAAAGAUUAAAUGCUUCUCCUAAAAAAUUUUUUGUAUUUUUUAUGAAUUGUGGAAGCAAUUAAGUUACUUUGCUCUCAAGUUAUUGA